AAAUGUCAGUCACGUCAGUUUAGUCAGCCAUGUUUAUUUCUUCGGAAUGUGUUUGGAAAUGGUGGUAGUGAUUUAAAAAAAUAUUGUGAGAAUAUUUUUCGUAAUUUUCUUUUAAAUAACUGUGUUAGUGAAGUUUAAAUGUGUUAUUUUGUGUAAGUGGGGUGAAAUAUUGCCGCAAAAAUGAAUUGGGGCACUGAGCUUUGGGAUCAAUAUGAGAACUUAGCCGCCCACACACACAAAGGAAUUGAUUUUCUAGACAAAUAUGGAAAUUUUGUAAAGGAAAGGUGUGCAAUAGAAUUAGAAUAUGCAGGAAAACUCAGGAGGCUCGUCAAAAACUACCAACCAAAAAGAAAAGAAGAAGACGAGUAUCAAUACACACCAUGCAAAGCGUUUCGACAGUUACUUCAAGAGCUGGGUGACUUCGCAGGUCAACGGGAGGUGGUAGCAGAGAAUUUACAGUCAAAUGUUGUCAGAGAGUUGCAUCUACUCGCCAAGGAGCUGCGAGAAGAGAGGAAGCAACACUUAAACGAGGGUGCGAAACAGACUGCAGUAUUAAACGCGGCGAUCGCCGCCCUGGACAGGGCGAGAAGAACGUACGAGCGGGCGGCGAGGGAAUCGGAGAGAGCACUCGAAGCUUUUCAAAAGGCCGAUGCUGAUUUUAAUUUAAGUCGAGCUGAGGUGGAAAAACAGAAAGCGAAUAUGAAACUGCGGAGUCAAGCGUGUGAAGACGCGAAGCAAGAGUACACGGACCAGCUUAGGAAGACCAAUGAGGCGCAGCGGCAACACUACGAGCAGAGGCUACCUCACGUCUUCAAACAGUUGCAGGAUUUAGAUGAGAAGCGAAUAAAGAAUAUCAAAAAUUUUAUGUUAAAUUCCGUUGACGUCGAAAGAAAAGUUUUUCCGAUUAUAAUGCAGUGCCUAGACGGAAUGGAGCAAGCAGCUAAUAGUAUAAACGAGAAAGAGGACACACAAUUAGUAAUAGAAAGGUACAAAUCGGGGUUCGUGCCGCCGGAGGACUUCCAGUUCGAGGCGGCGGCAGGCGCGGACACCACGGACUCGGGCCACCACACGCACGCGCACAACCACCUCACUGCCGCGCGCGGCACUGUUUCCGGGAAUCGCAUCAAGAAACGGGGCGGACUCCUCUCCAUAUUCAGCUCCAAUAAGAAGAUUGUCGAGGCCUGCAACUCGAUCAAGAACAACAUGUCUACGGAUGGAAAGGAGGAUUAUUCAGAUUUGCCACCGAACCAAAAGAAAAAGAAACUACAAGCUAAAGUUCAUGAAUUAUCAAAACAGGUUGCACAAGAACAAGCUGCCAUGGAAGGUUUGAUGAAAAUGAAAGGAGUAUAUGAAACAAAUCCUACAUUAGGAGAUCCUAUGACUGUAGAAGGUCAGCUGAACGAGUGCUGCGACAAGCUGAAGAAGCUGCGCGCGCAGCUGCGCAAGUUCGAGGAGCUGCUGGCCGAAGCGGGCGCGCUCGCCGCCGCGCCGCCGCUGCUGCAGCCGCCGGCGCGGACUAACGGCGCGCCUCCCGGCCAGGCCACCAGUAUCGGAUCGAACAGCGAAUCGCUGUCGCGAUCGGCAUCAGAAUCGUCGGUGAGCACGGGCACGGGCACGGGCACGGGCGCGGGGCCGCAGUACGCGUGCUCGGGCGCGGGCGGCGGCGCGGGCCGCGCGGCCGGCGGCUCGCCCGAGUCGGGGCUGGGCGGCGAGCUGGCCGGCGCGCCCGCCGACCACGACCACGACCACGCCAACGGCGACGUCGACCACGACGACCGCGACAACGACCACGAGUCCGACUUCGAUUAUUACUACGAGCCGGAUCUGCAGCCGUUAGGAUAUUGCAUGGCGCUGUACGCUUUUGAAGCAAACGGAACGGGGUCCACGAUGCGCAUGGAGUGCGGCGAGCGGCUGCUGGUGCUGGAGACGGACGCGGGCGACGGCUGGACGCGCGUGCGGCGCCGCCACACGCGCGAGGAGGGCUUCGUGCCCACCACCUACAUUGCCACCACGCUCUACGACCACCGCUAGCUGAUGGUCAGAUGGCGCUGUACGGAGCAUAGUGUAGUGGAAUCUCGAGUGCGGACUCUCGGAGCCUCGCGACCUCCGUGUUUGUGGCCUAUUACUGUGGAUAGUAACGCAUACAGUUUUUACAAUCAAGUGCUUUAUUGUGUCGGACUGCACCACAAAUACUAACUGUAAUAUGACUUAAAUUUGGAAUUAAUAGAAAAAACUAGCUAAUAACAUAUUCUCUGUCACAUUUACCAUAGCUUAGAAGAAGUUUUGGUGUCAUAAAACUGCUAUUAAAUGGUUGGAGCAAUUACGAGCACAGAAAUCUGAUUGGAAAAAAUUCAAAUUUCUGUCAUGUAUUGCUAAAUUGUAAUUCUAUGCGUUAUUAUCUUAUUAUAAGGAGUAUUUUUGCUAUAAUUUAUCCUUACGGAAAAUUAGAGUUAUUUUUUAUAAUCUCGUUUCUAUCGAUUGUUAUUCUGGCAUAUAGGCCUCUAAAGAACAAACGCAGAAAAUCAUAUAACAUUCCAUGAUCUUAUUUAUUGUGUAUAUUCCUGGCUACUUGACAUACAUAUUUUCAUGUAUGCCGCGUGGCCUAAUAGUGUAAUAUUAAAUAUAAUAUUGUAUAACUCAUCUAGAUCUUCAUUGUGCCAGCUGUUUGUGUUAAGAGAUUUUCGUACUUAUUACAUAGUUUUGUAUUCUUUUAUGUGAUUCUGCCAUGGAGUAUUUGGAAUUAUAGCAAAAAUAGGUGUAAACUUAGGUAUGAACUGUAAAUUAUGUAAACUUUUGUUUAAACUAGUAAGCACCAGAAUGUUGACAUGUAUUGAGUAACGAUUUAAUGAAUAUUGUAUCCGAUAUCACAUUUCGUGUAUUAUAAUGUGCUUAUGGAGAAAUGACGUAGUGAAUAUUGCUAGCUAAAUAUAUUAAUUAGCCAAUGCUAUUUUCCGAAUAUUUGCUAUAUGCCACCUUAUAGUACCUAAUGUAUUUAUAUAUAAAGAGAUGAAGUAUGAAUGAAAGCAUUUGAUUUUAUAUAAAAGUAAAUAAUAAAAUAUAUGAGGACAUGUAA